AUGGAGCAGGACAUUGCUGCACUGGAGCUGGUAGAAGUGCGAAAGUUACAUGAAUUAGUGCGGAGACUGGAAAUUCAAAAUGAAUCUCUAAGUGAGAGGCGAAGAAAUAUCAACACCAACAACCAGGCUCUCUCUGGUGUGCUUAUCAGCUGUCCCUCUUCGCUGGAGGAAAGUCAAAAUUGCUGUGAUUUGCUGGACCCUGAACCAGCAGAUGUCAACGGUGGGGAUGGUAUAUCUCCACCUCCUCUUGAAAGCCCCAGAGAUACACUAGUGGGGCAGGAUGGACACGUCUAUGAUGGCUGUUAUGCACACUUGCCCCACAGUAACAUAUUGGAGGAGACACACAGGCAGGGAUGCUUGGGGUCAGAGGAGCUGGUGGACAGGGACACAGAGAAGAGAGCAGAGCAGUCUUCUCUGGAGCUGGUGGACCUCCUGGACCUAGAGGAGGGCUGUGAGGUGGAGAAUGAAGUAAGCUGGUAGGUACCUGCACAACUUGUUGGUAAAACUAAACUGUGUAUAGUGUCAAGAAUUUGCAACUUCAAUAUUUUAGGCAACAUUUUUGUCCAUGCCUUUGCAAACCACCUUUUUUAAUACCUCAGUUGCUUAAUUAUAAUUCAGAGUGCUUAAGCAGAAUCCAAUAAAACUCUCAUUCGUUAUUAGGUUAUAUGAGUCACCCAAGAAACGGGCAUCUGCUGAGGGAAGCGAUGAGUCCCCUCUAAAGUGGUGCAGACAGGUCCUGGACAACCCCAGCCCUGAAACAGAGGUGGCAUGUCGCACACUAAUUAAUAUCCUGGACCAAAGUAAGUACUGCACAGUACAUUACAAUCUCUCUCACACAAAUGGACACAGACUAAAAGUGGCCAUAAUGCUUUAUCAUCUUGAACAGGUAGCUAUUCAUUUCAUUUCCCUAUUCUUUCCCGUAGAGACGAGAUGGAGGAGUUUCUUUAGCAGUCGCUCUCACAGACAUCCUGUAGCCUUCCCUGACACUGGCUAUCUCUGCAUGGGCUCACCUUCCCCUCGGUACCACAGAUCAACUGACAGAAGUCAACAAACCAACAAACCUAACAGCUCAGGUAGGGUGCGAUCUGGAGAAAACAAUUCCCAAUUUGUUAAACUGUUCUCUCCCAGGGUGCCUGUACAUGUAGUGAUAUACAGUGCAUUCGGAAAGUAUUCAGACCUCUUGACUUUUUCCACAUUUUGUUACGUUAUAGCCUUAUUUAAAAUAGAUACAAUUGUUAUUUUUCCUCAUCAGUCUACACACAAUACCCCAUAAUGACAAAGCAAAAACAGGUUUUUAGAAAUUUGUGCACAUUUAUAAAUAAUAGAAAAACUGAAAUUACAUUUACAUAAGUAUUCAGACCCUUUACUCAGUACUUUGUUGAAGCACCUUUGGCAGUGAUUACAGCCUUGAGUCUUCUUGGGAAUGAUGCUAUAAGCUUGGCACACCUGUAUUUGGGGAGUUUCUCCCAUUCUUCUCUGCAGAUCCACUCAAGCUCUGUCAGGUUGGAUGGGGAGCGUCGCUGCACAGCUAUUUUCAGGUCUCUCCAGACAUGUUAGAUCGGGUUCAAGUCCGGGCUCUGGUUGGGCCACUCAAGUACAUUCAGAGACUUGUCUUGAAGCCACUCCUGCGUUGUCUUGGCUGUGUGCUUAGGGUCGUUGUCCUGUUGGAAGGUGAACCUUCGCCCCAGUCUGAGGUCCUGAGAGCUCUGGAGCAGGUUUUCAUCAAGAAUCUCUCUGUACUUUGCUCCGUUCAUCUUUCCCUCGAUCCUGACUAGUCUCCCAGUCGCUGCUGCUGAAAAACAUAAUGCUUCACCGUAGGGAUGGUGCCAGGUUUCCUCCAGACGUGACGCUUGGCAUUCAGGCCAAAGAGUUCAAUCCUGGUUUCAUCAGACCAGAGCAUCUUGUUUCUCGUGGUCCGAGGAGUGGCUUCUGUCUGGCCACUCUACCAUAAAGGCCUGAUUGGUGGAGUGCUGCAGAGAUGGUUGUCCUUCUGGAAGGUUCUCCCAUCUCCACAGUGGAACUCUGGAGCUCUGUCAGAGUGACCAUCUGGUUCUUGGUCACCUCCCUGACCAAGGCCCUUCUCCCCCAAUUGCUCAGCUUAGCCGGGCGGCCAGCUCUAGGAAGAGUCUUGGUGGUUCCAAACUUCCUCCAUUUAAUGAUGGAGGCCACUGUGUUCUUGGGGACCUUCAAUGCUGCAGAAAUGUUUUGGUACCCUUCCCCAGAUCUGUGCCUCGACACAAUCCUGUCUCGGAGCUCUACGGACAAUUCCUUCGACCUCAUGGCUUGGUUUUUGCUCUGACAUGCACUGUCCACUGUGGGACCUUAUAUAGACAGGUGUGUGCCUUUCCAAAUCAUGUCCAAUCAAUUUAAUUUACCACAAGUGGACUCCAAUCAAGUUGUAGAAACAUCUCAAGGAUGAUCAAUGGAAACAAGAUGCACCUGAGCUCAAUUUCGAGUCUCAUAGCAAAGUGUGUGAUUACUUAUGUAAAUAAGGUAUUUCUGUUUUUUAUUUUUAAUAAAUGUGCAAACAUUUCUAAAAACCUGUUUUCGCUUUGACAUUAUAGGGUAUUGUGUGUAGAUUGGUCCUCUGUAGCUCAGCUGGUAGAGCACGGCGCUUGCACGGCGCUUGUAACGCCAAGGUAGUGGGUUCGAUCCCCGGGACCACCCAUACACAAAAAAAAAUGUAUGCACGCAUGACUGUAAGUCGCUUUGGAUAAAAGCGUCUGCUAAAUGGCAUAUUAUUAUUAUUAUUAUAGAUUGAUGAGGAAAAAAAAUUAUUUAAUCAAUUUUAGAAUAAGGCUGUAACGUAACAAAAUGUGGAAAAUGUCAAGGGGUCUGAAUACUUUCCGAAUGCUCUGUAUCUCCCACCAACUAAAAUUCCAGAUUGUCCUGGUUGUAUUUACUCAGUGUCUGUAUUGCCUUGGUAUUUCAGAUGACAAUGAUGCUAUUUUACCACCCUCAAUGGACGAGAAUGAGCCGAGUUUCUCAGAUGACUCCAUCACCAUGGGCUACAGGCUGCAGGACCUUACUGAUGUCCAGAUCAUGGCUCGCAUGCAGGAAGCGAGUGAGUGUGGAAACCCUCUAGUUUUGAUUCAUAUACUGAACAAAAAUACGCAACAUGCAAAUAUUUCAACGAUUUUACUGAGGUACAGUUCAUAUAUGGAAAUCAGUCAAUUGAAAUAAAUAAAUUAGGCCCUAAUCUAUGGAUUUCAUAUGACUGGGAAUAGAGAUAUACAUAUGUUGGUCACAUAUACCUUAACAAAUAAAGGUAGGGGCGUGGAUCAGAAAACCAGUCCGUAUCUGGUGUGACCACCUUUUGUUUCAUGCAGCGUGACACAUCUCCAUCGCAUAGAGUUGAUUGCAUUAUCAUGCUGAAACAUGAGGUAAUGGCGGCAGAUUAAUGGCACAACAAUGGGCCUCAGGAUCUUGUCACGGUAUCUCUGUGCAUUCAGAUUUGCAUCAAUUAAAUGCAAUUGUGUUUUUUGUCCGUAGCUUAUGCCUGUCCAUACCAUAACCCCACUGCCACCAUGGGGCACUCUGUUCACAAUGUUGACAUCAGCCAACUGCUCGCCCACACAAUGCCAUACACGUGGUCUGCUGUUGUGAGGCUGGUUGCAAGUACUGCCAAAUUCUCUAAAGCAGUCAGCAUGCCGAUUGCAUGCUCCCUCAACUUGAGGCAUCUGUGACAUUGUGUUGUGUGACAAAACUGCACAUCUUAGUGGCCUUUUGUCCCCAGCACAAGGUGCACCUGUGUAAUGAUCAUGCUGUUUAAUCAGCUUCUUGAUAUGCCACACCUUUCAGGUGGAUGGAUUAUCUUGGCAAAGGAGAAAUGCUCACUAACAGGGAUGUAAACAAAUUUGUGCAUAACAUUUGAGAGAAAUAAGCUUUUUGUGCGUAUGGAACAUUUCUGGGAUCUUUUAUUUCAGCUCAUGAAACAUGGGACCAACAUUUUACGUGUUGCGUUUAUAUUUUUGUUCAGUGUACAUACUAUGCAUAAUUACUUUACUUGUGGACAGGGUGUUUGACAGUGUUUUCCUUGUCCCAAGGUUUACGACAGGACUAUGCCUCCAUCCCUGCUGCCGCCACACCAUUCAGGAGUCCUGGUGCAUCCAUGCUGUCACCUUCUAAUUAUAGCUACAGUGAUCUGGAGUUUGACAAGUAUAGCCUGGAGGACACAGUCGCAUACACACCUCCUCCCAGCCAGCUGCCCCACUACCGGCGUUCCCCAUUGGGCCAGUCACCCAGUGCCAUAGCCCAGCCUGGUUACAGCAGCCAGCUGCCAAGGCCUCCCAGUCAGGCCACCACUCAAUCUAAGCUGCUUAAGCUCGCAAAGAGCAGAGGUAAAAAGAGCACCUGUAACAGGCAACAUGGAAAAUCCCUUUUGACACACAAAUUUACAUAUUGACUUGUGGUGUGAUGUCACAUAGAAUAUUCUUUACUACUACCAGUUUAUCAUGAUCUGCUAAGUGUGUGGGAGUUAACCCAGUAUGUUGUUGUAGAGGGGCUGAGAAGCAACAUGUACAACCUGGAUUCAACUCCUCCUCGCACCAGCCUCCGCUCUCUCCAGGCAGUCAGGACCAGCCGCAACCUGGAGGCCAAUGGCCAGCUCCUCACAGACCACCCCACCUCCCGCCUCACCUUCCCUGUGGCAGGUUCAACCAGGUCUCCACCAGGUGGGUUGGCAUUUUAGUAGGGCUUGGAUAUGACUAAACCUUGCCCGCCACAAUGUAUCUUAGGUUGCAUCUCAGCAAGCAUAUACAGUGGGGAAAAAAAGUAUUUUAGUCAGCCACCAAUUGUGCAAGUUCUCCCACUUAAAAAGAUGAGAGGCCUGUAAUUUUCAUCAUAGGUACACGUCAACUAUGACAGACAAAAAAAAUAAUUUAAAUCCAGAAAAUCACAUUGUAGGAUUUUUAAUGAAUUUAUUUGCAAAUUAUGGUGGAAAAUAAGUAUUUGGUCAAUAACAAAAGUUUCUCAAUACUUUGUUAUAUACCCUUUGUUGGCAAUGACACAGGUCAAACGUUUUCUGUAAGUCUUCACAAGGUUUUCACACACUGUUGCUGGUAUUUUGGCCCAUUCCUCCAUGCAGACCUCCUCUAGAGCAGUGAUGUUUUGGGGCUGUCGCUGGGCAACACAGACUUUCAACUCCCUCCAAAGAUUUUCUAUGGGGUUGAGAUCUGGAGACUGGCUAGGCCACUCCAGGACCUUGAAAUGCUUCUUACGAAGCCACUCCUUCGUUGCCUGGGCGGUGUGUUUAGGAUCAUUGUCAUGCUGAAAGACCCAGCCACGUUUCAUCUUCAAUGCCCUUGCUGAUGGAAGGAGGUUUUCACUCAAAAUCUCACGAUACAUGGCCCCAUUCAUUCUUUCCUUUACACGGAUCAGUCGUCCUGGUCCCUUUGCAGAAAAACAGCCCCAAAGCAUGAUGUUUCCACCCCCAUGCUUCACAGUAGGUAUGGUGUUCUUUGGAUGCAACUCAGCAUUCUUUGUCCUCCAAACACGACGAGUUUAGUUUUUACCAAAAAGUUCUAUUUUGGUUUCAUCUGACCAUAUGACAUUCUCCCAAUCCUCUUCUGGAUCAUCCAAAUGCACUCUAGCAAACUUCAGACAGGCCUGGACAUGUACUGGCUUAAGCAGGGGGACACGUCUGGCACUGCAGGAUUUGAGUCCCUGGCGGCGUAGUGUGUUACUGAUGGUAGGCUUUAUUACUUUGGUCCCAGCUCUCUGCAGGUAAUUCACUAGGUCCCCCCGUGUGGUUCUGGGAUUUUUGCUCACCGUUCUUGUGAUCAUUUUGACCCCACGGGGUGAGAUCUUGCGUGGAGCCCCAGAUCGAGGGAGAUUAUCAGUGGUCUUGUAUGUCUUCCAUUUCCUAAUAAUUGCUCCCACAGUUGAUUUCUUCAAACCAAGCUGCUUACCUAUUGCAGAUUCAGUCUUCCCAACCUGGUGCAGGUCUACAAUUUUGUUUCUGGUGUCCUUUGACAGCUCUUUGGUCUUGGCCAUAAUGGAGUUUGGAGUGUGACUGUUUGAGGUUGUGGACAGGUGUCUUUUAUACUGAUAACAAGUUCAAACAGGUGCCAUUAAUACAGGUAACAAGUGGAGGACAGAGGAGCCUCUUAAAGAAGAAGUUACAGGUCUGUGAGAGCCAGAAAUCUUGCUUGUUUGUAGGUGACCAAAUACUUAUUUUCCACCAUAAUUUGCAAAUAAAUUCAUUAAAAAUCCUACAAUGUGAUUUUCUGGAUAUUUUUUUCUCAAUUUUUCUGUCAUAGUUGACGUGUACCUAUGAUGAAAAUUACAGGCCUCUCUCAUCUUUUUAAGUGGGAGAACUUGCACAAUUGGUGGCUGACUAAAUACUUUUUUCCCCCACUGUACAGGUAACUGCCAAAAUAAAGGAAACACUUGAGUAAAUGAGGGAUACAAAGCACAGGUGUGGUUCCUGAGUUAAUUAAGCAAUUAAAACACACCAUCAUGCUUAGGGUCAUGUCUAAAAAUGCUCAGUUGCCCAUUAUUUUGGCUAGAAGAAGAGAUCUCAGUGACUUUGAAAGAGGGGUCUCAAAGGAGCACAGGGGGUUUAAAGUGUGUGUGUGUGUGUCUGUCUCUCUCUCACUCACUCACCAGGGCCCGCAUCCACAAAGCGUCUCGAAAUACAAAAUUGGUCGUAAAUCCUGAGAAUAGAUACAUUUACUUUAUAUUUAGGAUACCUCAUGAGCUGUCCUAACCAGUUAAGAGGUACCAACAGGUGUCUUGAAAAUAGAAAAAGGCAGUGAGUCAGUGGUUCCUGUGCCAUAGACAGGCAAUUGCUUUGGAGUUGUUGAAAUAAUGUUUUGAUAUUUCUAUAUGAUGAACCAAUAAAUCAGGGCUCUACAGUGUGACCAUUUUGCUCGCAUAUGUGGCUAAAUAUUUUAUUGUGCGACCUUACAUUUUUAUUUAGGAGCACCAAUAUUCUAGAUUUAAUAUCUCAAAUAUUUUUCAAUGUUCUCCUACAUUACUUUGUGUGGGCCUACAUUUUUCAACUUAGGUGCACAUGUGCUCCUUGUAAAAAAAGGUCAGUGUAGAGCCCUGCAUAAAUAAUCUAGACCUACAUUCAGUGGCGAUUUUAGCAUGUAACUCUUGGUGGGGCCUACAUGAAGCUGUCCCAACAGCAGAGCUUUCUUUUUAGCAUCAUGGAGUGAAUCCUUACCACCGCUACACCUGGCUAUCAACGGAGCCUUGUCUGGCAGCGAAACAGUUCAUUCAGCCUCAUUUACUGCCUUUAAAAAAACUGCUGAUAAGGCUGACUUGCUUAAACAAAUGUGGUUUCUACUGACAAUUGAGAUGUACAAACUAUGGCAUAAGGGGACGACGAACGGAUAAGAGGCAAUCCGUAAUUUCGAUUGAGAGAUUCAUGAGCGAGCUAGGACGGACGUUAUUUUUUCAGCACUUUAGAAAUGUACAGCGACAGAAUUCAGAACAUGGGCCGUUCUUACAGUAUUCUCUCUGUACACCAAGUCAGAACCAUAGAAUAAAUAAAGGGGGCAUAUAAGCAGACAAUGAAAGCUCUUACAAUAUUAGAUGAUUACAUUUCUCUGAAACAGGCUAUAGGCUACAUGUGCACCACCAAGUUAGAACAGUAGGCUAAGUUAUGAGGGGGAAAGGGACCAAAUUAUUAGGGUGAGGCACAUGGGCUACUAACAGCUUACUACACAACAUACACUUAGGAUUACUUUCUUAGCUACAGUAUACAUAUCUCCCUGGCAUAUUACAUCAUUUAUGCAGCAGCAUACAAUACAUGUUUGGACUCACCUUGUUGUGCUGUGCUCACUUGAACAGGAAGGUUGCGCGGUGGUCCUUGUGGGCAAAAUUUGUCAUCAAACUUUGUCAUCAAAGUCUGGCUUUAUGGUGCUUUCAAGACAACUGGGAACUCAGACAAAAACAAGGUUGAAUCAUGAUGUCAGUGAUCUUCAGGUCGGAGCUCUAGAAAGAGGCCCGAAUUCCCAACUUGGAAUACCGAGUUGGAUGACCGUUCAAAACGUAUUUUCCCAGUCCGAGCUCGUUUUUUUCAGAGUUCCCAGUUGUCUUCAACUCACUGAAGUCUGAGAAUUCCCAGUUCAGAGUUUCCAGUUGUUUUGAAUGUGGCACAAGUCAUGCUGGAUUGACAGCAUGGCCAAUGUAUUCAACCUUUUCUGGCCCAUGGUGUUGAAUGUUUAUCCUUUUAAGCUAGGAAAAUAUACCCUUAAACCCAGACUUGGACCACCCACCCACUCCAAUGAAAAGCAGGCUAGUGAUCGCUUUCCAAACCACUCAUUGUUGAAUUUGCGAUUUCCAACUUGUUGUGUAAUGUUUAUGUCCAAUUGCCAACAAGCAUCGAUAGUUUUAUCUAUAAUUUAUCUUCAUAUGAAAAGGAUUUGCCAGUAGAUUGUUGACUUGAUUCAUGAUAAUGACUGCUUGUCUAGCUUGCUAGCUAAGAUUUUGAAAGUAUGAUGUUUACAUGAUCAGUCCAAUCAAAGCUACGGUAGAUAUCACUUGAUUUGACGUCAUUUUAUCUGUGGCCAAUGACCUUGAAUUUUCAAGCUCUCCCUGUAGCUUUUACAUUGACGUAGUGUCCCCAUGAGUGACAGAACACUGAGCCAAUCACGGCGAAACUAGAGAACAUUACCAACCCCUACGCUCCGUAUUUUCCGCUGGCUGCCCCACCACCACAGAAAUCCCUGAGCUAGGCUGAAACAUCUGCUUUUUGGAGCUGCCUUACUCAAGAAAGCAAAAAAAAGACCAUAUUUGUAGACUCUUUACUCAGUACUUUGUUGUAGCACCUUUGGCAGCGAUUACAGCCUCUAGUCUUCUUGGGUAUGAUGCUACAAGCUUGGCACACCUGUAUUUGGGGAGUUCUCCCAUUCUUCUCUACAGAUCCUCUCAAGCUGUGUCAGGUUGGAUGGGGAGCGUCGCUGCACAGCUAUUUUCAGGUCUCUCCAGAGAUGUUCGAUCGGGUUCAAGUCCUGGCACUGGCUGUGCCACUCAAGGACAUUCAGAGACUUUCCCGAAGCCACUCCUGCGUUGUCUUGGCUGUGUGCUUAGGGUCGUUGUCCUGUUGGAAGGUGAACCUUCGCUCCAGUCUGAGGUCCUGAGUGCUCUGGAGCAGGUUUUCAUCAAGGAUCUCUCUGUACUUUGCUCCGUUCAUCUUUCCCUCGAUCCUGACUAGUCUCCCAGUCCCUGCGGCUGAAAAACAUCCCCACAGCAUGAUACUGCCACCACCAUGCUUCACCGUAGGGAUGAUGCCAGGUUUCCUCCAGACGUGACGCUUGGCAUUCAGGCCAAAGAGUUCAUUCUUGGUUUCAUCAGACCAGAGAAUCUUGUUUCUCAUGGUCUGAGAGUCCUUUAAGUGCCUUUUGGCAAACUCAAAGCGGGCUGUCACGUGCCUUUUACUGAGGAGUGGCUUCCCUCUGGCCACUCUACCAUAAAGUAUUCAGGCCUCUUUACUUUUUCCACAUUUUGUUACGUUACAGCCUUAUUCUAAAAUUGAUUGAAUUAUUUUUUUCCUCAUCAAUCUACACACAAUACCCCAUAAUGACAAAGCGAAAAUAGGUUUUUAGAAAUGUUUGUAAAUGUAUUAAAAAUUUAAAACAUACCAUAUUUACAUAAGUAUUCAGAUCCUUUGCGAUGAGACUCAAAUUUGAGCUCAGGUGCAUCCUGUUUCCAUUGAUCAUCCUUGAGCUGUUUCUACAACUUGAUUGGAGUCCACCUGUGGUAAAUUCAAUUGAUUGGACAUGAUUUGGGAAGGCACACACCUGUCUAUAUAAGGUCCCACAGUGGACAGUGCAUGUCAGAGCAAAAACCAAGCCAUGAAGUCGAAGGAAUUGUCCGUAGAGCUCUGAGACAGGAUUGUGUCGAGGCACAGAUCUGGGGAAGGGUACCAAAAAAUGUCUGCAGCAUUGAAGGUCCCCAAGAACACAGUGGCCCCCAUCAUUCUUAAAUGGAAGAAGUUUGGAACCACCAAGACUCUUCCUAGAGCUGGCCACCUGGCCAAACUGAGCAUUCUGGGGAGAAGGGCCUUGGUCAGGCAGGUGACCAAGAACAAGAUGGUCACUCUGACAGAGCUCCAGAGUUCCUCUGUGGAGAUGGGAGAACCUUCCAGAAGGACAACCAUCUCUGCAGCACUCCACCAAUCAGGCCUUUAUGGUAGAGUGGCCAGACGGAAGCCACUCCUCAGUAAAAGGCACGACAGCCUGUUUGGAGUUUGCCAAAAGGCACCUAAAGAACUCUCAGACCAUGAGAAACAAGAUUAUCUGGUCUGAUGAAACCAAUAUUGAACUCUUUAGCCUGAAUGCCAAGAGUCUGGAGGAAACCUGGCACCAUCCCUACGGUGAAGCAUGGUGGUGGCAGCAUCAUGCUGUGCGGAUGUUUUUCAGCUGCAGGGACUGGGAGACUAGUGAGGAUUGAGAGAAAGAUGAAUGGAGCAAAGUACAGAGAAAUCCUUGAUGAAAACCUGCUCCAGAGCGCUCAGGAACUCAGUCUGGGGGCGAAGGUUCACUUUCUUACAGGACAAUGACUCUUAGCACACAGCCAAGACAUUGCAGGAGUAAUCGAGGCUGUAAUCGUUGCCUAAGGUGUUUCAACAAAGUACUGAGUAAAGGGUCUGAAUACUUAUGUAAAUGUGAUAUUUCAGUUUUUUGUUUUAAGUUCAUUUGCAAAAAAUUCAAAAAACCUUUUUUUUGCUUUGUCAUUAUGGGGUAUUGUGUAGCAGUUAUGAGGGGGGGGGGGACAAUUUAAUCCAUUUUGGAAUAAGGCUGUUACGUAACAAAAUGUGGAAAAAUAAAACGGGUCUGAAUACUUUCCAAAUGCACUGUACAGUCACAUUCACAGUGGUUGUGUGAAGCGUGCUAUAGAGUUCACAGCUAGCGAUGCCUCAUCGCGAUUAGUUAUAAUUUGCAACAUGUCAAUGAGCGCCAUCACUAGCUUUCCUUUGCGGUACCUCAAACUGUCUUGAUUACCAGCUGAGAUAAACUUUUAUGAGUUGGUUUUACUCCUGGCUCAGAGUUUGUCUAAGCAGUGUCUAACCUUUUACUGCAGUGGCUAAAUCAGGUUCACACAGAGCGAUUCUUUGGUAGUCUUAAACACAUCUAUUUUGAAACAAAAGUAUACACCUCACACACAUGGUUAUGGGUUUAAAAAAAGAAGACACCUGUACCAUGUCAGAUAUAGUUAAAAUGUAUUCAAUGUGGAGUUUGCAUCCCAAUAUUACACUUUAUAUAGAUCACAGAAGACUGAAAUAUAACAAAACUGUUUGACAUAGAAACACCGGAUUUUCAUCUGGUUUUUGGAAAUAAUCUUUAUUAAUGAUGAAAUUAUGAAAAAUAUAUACAUUCCACCCAUGAGGCCAAAGAGGGCACCUUUGGUCAUUGACUGCAGGAAAGGGCUACCAUCAUCCUAAAACUUACUUUGUCUUAAAACAGGUUUUAACAGGAUUCCUAGGAACUUUUCUGAGAUGCUUUGUGGAUACGGGUUCAGAUCUCAACCCAAUUGAACACUUGGAGCUGCCUUUUUAAUUUUUUUACUUGGCUUUAUUUCAGACAGACAUGUUUAGUCCAUAACAUUUCCAAACUUGUGAUUGCCUCCUAGGUGAGUCUUCAGUCAAGCUUAGGAGUGGUGGCCGAUCUUCAUCUGUUUCUGCCAAAAUCUUGAGCUCCAGUGACCCUGCUACUGGAGCAGCACGGCAGUCCCUGAGAGAAUCAUUUCAGGCCUCGUCUAUUAGAGGGCUGCCGAGAGUCCAGUCCUUCAGCCCCUCUGGUUUGAGGAUCCCCUGUCCCAGUAAGGACUUUUCAGUUGGAGGGUACCUGUCAAGUCAUGGUCGUGUCUAUACCUCCCCUGAGAGGUCCACUACCCUGGCUUGGGGCAGACUGGGGCAGCCUGCCAAUGCCCAUAGGUAAAAAGGUGUACUCAACGUUUCUCUGUAAUUCCUCAGUAAUCUGUAACAUACUCUCACUCAAAAUAACUCCACUUAAUGUAUUAAAGCACAUUAAACAGUAGGUUUGGUUUCUGUGUAUUUAGUUAUCGGUUUCUUCUGCCAAUCAUGCAGUACUGGUUUAUUUUGUGUGGCUUCACAAUCCCUUCCACUGGAAUUGGACACCUUAUCCAUCCUUUCUCAGCUGUAAAUGCAAGGUGCUGCUCAAUGCUAAAUUCCAAACGAUCGCCAAUUAAAUUAAUCUUAAUUUGAUUCAAAUUUGGGAAUUGACACACAAAUCCACAUACUUAGAACUGAUACAGUUAUCAUUAUUACAUUAAUUGUCACUGCAGAGUAUCACACAGGCCUCGGUUGUAAACACCAUCGAAUUCUGCAUACUACAAGUUAUACCACAACAUGUUUCAGUUUAAACUAUCAUAAUUUAACACUUUGAGGACAGUUACAGUAUUGAGCCCUAUUUCGUUUUUUUUUUUUAUAGGAGCUCCAACUUCAGUUAG